GUCUGCCGACUCUCAGUUUGCUCAGCACUCGUCUGGAGAGAGGCGAACAGGUAGCUUAGCUCGGGCAUGAAAGAUGGAGCUCUCGGCGGCGGGGGAUCGCAUUUUCGCCGCGGAAGCCAUACUGAAACGCCGCGUUCGUAAGGGAAGAAUUGAAUACCUGGUAAAAUGGAAAGGAUGGGCAAUGAAACACAGCACUUGGGAGCCAGAGGAGAAUAUUCUGGAUGACAGGCUGAUACUGGGCUUUGAGCAAAAGGAACGGGAAAGGGAAUUGCAUGGGCCGAAGAAGCGGGGACCAAAACCCAAAAACUUUGUCAUGAAGGCACGUGCUCAGAAAAGAGAGACCGGCAGCCAAGCCUCCAGUGCCCGCAAGAAUACAUCGCGUUCCUCUAUGUCCACUUCAAGCCGAGCAGCUCCCUCCUCUUUUGCCUCACCUCAUCAUUUACCAUCUUCGUCCUCUUCCUCAACUGUAGCACCCUCUCCUAAACUCAACUCACUCGCAGCCACCCACAAGCUGAAGAAGGACAUUCACCGUUGCCACCGGAUGUCCAGGCGUCCUCUGCCUCGCUCAGACCCAAUGGCGCCUACUUUCUCCAACCCUGGUGGCUUCCCCUCCCGCAUGCAUGUGUCCCCCUUCUCCGAGACCGUCCGCAUCGUCAACCGCAGAGUCAAACCCCGGGAGGUCAAGAGAGGAAGGAUCAUCCUCAACCUGAAGGUCAUUGACAAGCCAGGUAGGGGUGGCACAGGUGCAGGCAGUAGGAAUAUUACAACAGGACGCCAAAACAUCCCUUCCCGCAAUCGCAUCAUCGGGAAAAAGGGAGAGGCCCCCUAUAGACCUUUCCAGCCUCCCCUGAAGAUGCUGGGGUUCCCGAUGUACGGGAAGCCCUUUGGGCUGCAGUGUGGAGGCCCGUUCCACUCCCACCCAGGUUCAUGCUCCAGCACAGGGGCCAAGGACAGCCACACCACCUCCUCUCAGUACCAGUCACCUCCUUCUCCUUCCAGCUCCAGCAGCUCUGAAGGAAAAUCUCCCACUGCAUCAGCUGCACAACCCCAGCCCGCCACUGGAACCUCACCUUCCAGUGAGGGUCUCAAGCCCACUAAACCUCAGAUAGAGACCCAGAGGGGCCAGAGCGCCAAGCACUCUGCUCCUGCCCCAUCCUCAGAUGCAAACCCGGUGGCGUCAGCGUAUCCCUUCCUCCCUUCCUCACCCUCUUCCUCCAUGGAAGACGAGGAGGAGGAGGGUGCCCUGGACCGCUCAGUGCCCUCAGAGGGAGGCAGGAAAAAUCCUCGCCAACGCCAGGCUAAACGCCAGCUGCCCACCGCUCUCCCCUCUGUUGCCCCCGGGGACCAGAGCUCUGCCCCGACCGAACCAAAAAGGGUGCCUGCUGAGGGAGACCCUGACUGGCACCCUCAAAUGGCCCCCAGCUGCAAGGAUGUGGUGGUCACUGAUGUCACCACCAACCUCGUCACGGUCACCAUAAAAGAGUUCCCCUCUCCUGCAUCCUGCCCUGCCUCCCCCUCCGCUAGCCCCGAAAAUGCCUCUUCCCCUCCCCCUGCCACCAACUCCGACGACCCCUCCCCAGCCAAGCCAUAGGAGAUCAGAUGUUAUGAAGCUGAUUGCCAUUGAUGAUAGAAGAAUAUCAUGCCAGUGUUGCCACUUCAGCCCCCUCCUACCUUUUACUUAAAGUUGCGAGCGCAGCGUUCUCCAAGUCUCCAUUAAACGCUGACGAGGAAGAUGUCGCCUCCUCUCCUGUCAUGUACUGAAUGGUUCUAGUUGUUGUCAAUACAGUUUCAAUACUCUCAUAGGUUACACGUGGAAGAAUUUAUUCCAAAAUGACACAUCCAUUAUAUGAAGAAGAAGUGACAGUCACUAUUAUUAAGUGGUCGAUAGUUCAAAUUUAAAUUAAGAUACUUAAUUUAAGUACAUAACUUAAAUCCUGAUUAGACAAAGUGGGAAAGGAAUGAGUCCUCUAUAUUUUCCACAAACAUGAUGAACUAAAGGAUUAUUUUUCUUCUCCAAAUGGAUAUAACGUGAUUUUGGAAUAGAUUUUUUUCAUCUACUAUAUAUUUAAUAUCUUUAAGUGGUGGAUAGAAGUGACUUGCAGUUGGUAGAUGUGUAAGGUAUUAGGCUGCUAGGCAACCUUUCCAACUGUUGAUAGCAAUGUUUUUCUUCUUUUUCUUUCUCAUGGGGUAGCACAACUCAACUUAGUGGCCUAUCUUUCAACCAAAUAGGGCUCUUGAUUUUAUUAUUGGAUUUUUUUUUUUUUUUAAAGCUUUUUUUCCCUUUUGAAUAAUUUUACAUUUAUAUGUGAUGUAAUUUUGAGUGCUAGAUUUAUUUGGCACUAAUUGGAAAAAAAAAGGAAGGAUACUUGUUUAAAUGUAUUGAUAAAGAUGCGAAAUGAAUUGAAAAUUGUGCUUUUUAAGCUGUUUUUUCCUUUGUACUGUACUUUUAAUAGUUUUUUGAAAUAUGCAUAAUAAUGUUAAUGUGAUGCUGUUUAUUUGAAUGCCAUUUUUUAAUAGUCCAAUAUGGGUUUGAUCAGAAGGCAAACUCUGAUUUUAAUGUGUCAAGACUGCAGUUUUGUCUGGUUUUAUGCUAAUUUGAAUUAUGUACAUUGUAUUGAUGGUAAUGAUGAAGAGGUGGAGGAUAAUGAUGACAUUGUAAUGUAUCUGAACUUCUGAAGCAUGUUUUGCAAACCCUUAUUGUACAGAUUAUGUAUUCAGUGUCAUGUUAACUGUUACUGUUGUUGCUUUGUGUGUUUCUUG